AUGUCAAUUGGUUCGAAAUUUUUCAGUUUUAACUUGUUUAAAUCAAUUAGACUUAACAAAGUAACUAAUCCGAUUAGAAUAACUACAAGUACAACUACUAAAAAACAUUUCUUAUCUCCAAUGUCAGAAAUUCCAAAGACUCAAAAAGCUGUUGUUUUUGAAACAAGCGGAGGUAAAUUAGAAUACAAGGAUAUUCCAGUUCCAAAACCAAAAUCCAACGAGUUGUUGAUCCAUGUUAAAUACUCGGGUGUUUGCCACACUGAUUUACAUGCUUGGAAAGGUGAUUGGCCAUUGGACACCAAAUUACCCCUUGUUGGUGGUCAUGAAGGUGCCGGUGUUGUUGUUGGUAUGGGUGAUAAUGUUAAAGGAUGGAAAAUUGGUGAUUAUGCUGGUAUCAAAUGGUUGAAUGGUUCGUGUUUGAAUUGUGAAUUUUGUGAACAAGGUGCGGAACCAAAUUGUCCUGAUGCUGAUUUGUCUGGUUAUACUCAUGAUGGAUCCUUUGAACAAUAUGCCACUGCUGAUGCUGUUCAAGCUGCUAGAAUCCCCAAGAAUGCUGAUUUAGCUAAAGCUGCUCCAAUUUUGUGUGCUGGUGUUACUGUUUACAAGGCUUUGAAGACUGCUCAAUUAAAGGCUGGUGAAUGGGUUUGUAUUUCUGGUGCUGGCGGUGGUUUGGGUUCAUUGGCUAUUCAAUAUGCUGUAGCCAUGGGUUACAGAGUUGUUGGUAUUGAUGGAGGUGCCGACAAGGGAGAAUAUGUUAAAUCUUUGGGAGCUGAGGCUUAUAUCGAUUUCACCAAGGAAAAAGAUAUUGUUGCUGCUGUUAAAAAGGCAACUAAUGGGGGUCCACAUGGUGUAAUUAACGUUUCUGUUUCUGAAAAGGCUAUUAACCAAUCAGUUGAAUAUGUUAGACCAUUGGGUAAGGUUGUUCUUGUUGGUUUGCCAGCUGGUUCUAAAGUUGUCGCUCCUGUUUUCGAUGCUGUUGUCAAAUCCGUUGAGAUUAAAGGUUCUUAUGUUGGUAACAGAAAGGACACUCAAGAAGCUGUUGAUUUCUUUGCUAGAGGUAAAGUCAAUUGUCAAAUUAAGAUUGUUGGUCUUAGUGAAUUACCAGAAGUUUUCAAAUUAAUGGAAGAAGGUAAGAUCUUGGGAAGAUACGUACUUGACACAAGCAAGUAA